AUGCGUUUCUCCGUAGCAUGUCUCGUGGCUCUUCCAGCUGUCAUCUAUGCAACUGUCAUCCCAACUUCUCCAGACUCGCAGAACCACCACGUACACUCGAACGGCCCUGCACGGCCAGAAAUAAUCAAUCUUGAGCUUACACACAACCAUCCAAAGGCGCUCUUUAAGGUCCCGUGCAAUGGAGGCUGUCUUGGCAUUGAGGAUGAGGAUGACGACGCUCUGCUUUUUGACUUUCAAGCAUUCCCUUCCAAAGAGCCGUGUGGUGUGGCCAACGUCACUGUCAACGGCCAUUCCCUUACCCAGGCCUGGAACGGGACUCACGCUCUUGGAGCCGGCUCUGUUCAUUCGUUUCCACUGUCAUCCUUGACACCACGCCACGAAUUGGGUCUCUCCUGGCAUUCAUCUUGCGUAAAUGAAUCAAUAGCAAACCCACAUCGAGCAGCAACUGCGCAGGUCAUUACAGUUCUUCUUCAGAGCAUAGAUGGGAAAUCGAUAGAACAAUCUUCAGGCUUCACAAUCUCGUUCAAGCCUCUCUUUCCCCUUGAGCUCUUACGUCUCUCCUCGACUCCUGACUUCGCAGCCACCGAACCACAAUACGCACAGUAUUGGAGAGAUCCACCGGCCCAUCUCCGUCUGACCUCACGGCCUUCUCCUGAUCUACCAAGCUCUGAGAAUGAGGAGAACCCUUCGUCAGCAACUAACACUGACCCUGUCCAAGAGCUGAGGCGUCUUGAAGCCGAAGCACUCCGUAUCAACGAGCUAAUCGAGCAGCAAAAGUCAUUGAUCCAGGCACUCAGACAGGACGAAUCCAAUACGUCUGUUGAUGCUCCAACAUGUCUUGGCAUCAAAUGCACACUGAACAACAUUGUCAGCAAGGCCAAAGACGCGCUAGAGGACAUCUACAUGUCUAUCCGCAUCGCGCCCUUCCAGGGAAUCAGGCCACAUCAAGUAGCGUUUGAGGACCAUAAGCCAUCUAGCGAACUCUUACCGUCCCCCACAACUGACAAUACUCAUCAUCCUUCAUCUACGAGAUCACUCACCUCAGCUGACUUGCUGACCUCUACAUCCUCAACUCAUUCCGCCGAUGACGGGCAGGAGUGGGUUCCUCUUCUAGGCGAUACCCCAUCAGACGCGUCAGGUAGUUCCAACAUCGACCCUUUGUCCAUAACCCUCAAGAUCGUCGGGGCCGUCACAGGCCUGACAUGUAUCUACAUAUGCUUCCGUCGAAGCCGCUGUUGCAACCCACGCGCUCAAGCCGAACGUCGCGCAGAACAGGAGGAACGCGCCACCCAACGCGCCUACCGCAGAGCCGCCCGCAAGCACCGUUUCCAACAAUGGUGGGCAGCCUGGACCGGCCGCCAGCGAGAUCACCAGCGCAUCACCGACUACGAAGAAAAGCGAUCUCUGAUCCGACAACAGGAGGUCAUCCUUGAGUCCGCCAUGCAGGACGAGAUUAGAAUGCUACGCGCCGCGCACGAUGCAGUAAACUCCAUCUUUCAUACCACCACCCGCGCCUCCCGCCAUUCCCCUCACGCAACCUCAUCCGCCGUCCCCAUCUUCCCCCACUCGACACGCCAUAACAUCACUCCUUUCGAACGUCCAUAUUACCACGAUUCAGAAGAGCCCUGGCACCGCGCCCCAAGGAGCCGCACCGACAGUCUCCCAGACUACAGAAGCGACGCCGGCAGCUCACAGGUCAUCACCGAGCCCCCCGCCUACUCCGACGACGAAGGCGAUCUCAUCACGAACGGCUUCAGCGGUUACAGACCGCGGAGCGGCACUCUUGGCAGCGACGAUAGCACCAGCUUGCCGUCGUCUCCUACUGCGCGCGAGCAUCACCACCGACGCUGGACGCCCGGGAGUAGCGUUGUGUCGACGAGUCCGCGGCCGAGUCAGGAGACGAUGCGGUAUCUUUGA